UCACUGCAAUGGCUGUUUAUGAAGCUUUACUCUCUCUGCCUUCAUUUGUGAACACAACAUCCCUAUACUCUCUGUUUCACCGUUCAUCUUUUGCUUUUUCUGGUGAACCCUGGACUCAGUGAUUGAGUUUCAGGUGUCCUCUGCGGUUCACGAUCGACAAACGAUGCAUGAUCAUCCUUUGCUUUCCAGGCCGGAAACGGUACUGAAAUCUUGGAAUACGGUGGACAGUGGUAAGACUUCGAACAACAAUGCACCGGGCACUUCGAGCAUGGGUGAGGCAGUCAAGUACAGGAUCGAUCUCAACGUUAACUUGAGUACGAUAGUUCGGAGUAAGUCGUCUCACCCUGAAUUGCAUGGAAAGGAUCCUCAGAUAACUCACCAAUUCUUUGUUACAAAGAAGACUGGUGCUAACUUAACCGGAGGACAUGACUUCAAAGAUGCCACGGUUACCCGGGAACCGAAACGAAACAUGUUCGGAGAGUUCUUGAGUUUAUCUCCCGGUUUCGGUUUCCAUGGUCGGCUCGGGCAGGACGAUUUUGUAGAUGACAGACCUUCUACUGUUUGUUUAAAGAAUGAGUCAUCAGCUGAAACUGAUGCAAUGGAAUCGGAUGUUUCGCAGAAGAUCCAUCUUUCAAGCAUGUGUUCAUCAGAAGAGAGUAACAAGAGAGUUCAUGCGAACACUGAAUUACCUGAUAUGAAUGAGCUCCCUGCGUUUUCGGCCGUGGCGGACUCGAUCGAUGAUGGAGGGAUAAGUACCUUGAAAACCCAGAGUUUAGAUGUACCGCAUCUCGUUUACCUCGCGAAGCAGCCCUCGACUUCCGCUGCUUGUCGAGAUGUUCUUGGACCGGAGCCGAUCCGCAGAUGUGUUAAACGUCUCAAGUCGAGCAUUUCAGAACCCACGGUAGACGGAAACCAGGCAAGACCGGAGCCAGCACGCGAUCAAACCGCAAUGCUAUUAAAGAACGGCAACCCUUCCGGUGAUUUGACGAGGAAGAACCGAGAAUUCUCUCUUUCGAAAUCUUGGAUUCAUAGAUGGUGUCGUCGGAGAAACGAAUCUCCAAACACAAAGCCUGAAGCUUUAGUGCUAUGUGAGCCACAGACUUCAACAGCGACAUUCGACGAACUCGAAAAGAAGCAAUUUCCGAGCAUUGCAGCCAUGGCUCUGAUGGGGAAGGCCAUGGACGGUUUCCAUCCCUGCGAAUUUCGAAGAAAGGGUUCUUCGAUAGUCUGGGGAAGGCCAUGAUCGUUAGUGUGACAUCCGAUUUGUAGAUUCGAUUCGAAUGAACUUAAUAACAUCUCGACGAACUUAAAAUGCAUGGUAUCAUCCAUGCUUUUAUUGAUUAUUUGAUGAACAUUGACAUCAAAUGGAUAAAACAUACAGGCUUCUACUCUAC